AUGUCAGUACAUACUUCUAUACCGGCGGAAUUAAAGGUUGCUGGAUUUACUCUGGCCUUUAGAUAUAGGGGUCAACUUCCAACUUGUUACGUAUGCCAGGAGGUGGGGCAUACGGCAAAGGAGUGCCCCAAAUCGCGAAAGGCCUUACAUAAGCAACCUGUCCGCAAGCAGACUGGUGCACAGUCUGCACAUAGUAAUAUAAACAAACCCUCACAGCAGCGUGAUGUGCCUCCUUCAACAUCACAGGAGUCACCUGCUUCCUCAAAGCCACCUGCUGACCUGAGGGAAAAAUUAAAUAAGGCUAGAGCUUCAGAGGAAGCUCGGAAGGUGCAACCUCCUAGCACACCAGUGCUAAAAGAGGUCCAAGUUGCGUUUGAGAAAUCACCGCGUGAUUUACGGGAUAAGUUGGAAAACGCUAAAGUUACUAUUUUGAUUGGAAGUGACGUGCCCGAAGCUCACUGGAUUUUUGAACAAAGACGUGGUAGACCAAAAGAGCCAUUAGCUGCACGAACAUUACUUGGAUGGACAUUAUUGGACCCAGUUGGAAGUGUUUCCCGACAGGAAGUUAAUGUCAACUUUAUACAUACGAAUCAAGAAAUGAUAACUUCCCAGCUACAGCGGUUGUACAAUGCGGAGUUCAUUGAGACGUCGAGCUCAACAGAUAUGGCGAUGUCAGUCGAAGAUCGUCGAGCACUGGCCAUAAUGGAAAACACCGUUCGUAAAGUUGAUGGUCAUUAUCAAAUCGCGUUACCUUGGCGGUAUCAGUCACCUUGUCUUCAAAACAACAGAUCGAUGGCCGAGAGAAGACUACGUUUGUUACAGAAUCGCUUGAAGAAAGAUGAAUCACUCCGGGUGAAGUACAGAGGACGUGAUCAAUGAUUACAUAAAAAGAGGUCACGCUAGAAAAGUUCCUGUCAACAUUAAUGACGAUUCAAAAGAAAAGCCAGUCUGGUAUCUUCCGCACCACCCUGUAGUCAAGCCAGAUAAACUGAGGGUUGUAUUCGAUUGUUCAGCGCGUUACAAAGGAACAUCUCUCAAUGACCAGUUGCUGAGCGGUCCUGAUCUGACGAAUUCACUGGUAGGUGUCCUUACACGAUUUCGCCAAGAACCGGUAGCAGUAAUGUCUGACAUCAAACAGAUGUUCCACCAGGUUAAAGUGGACCCCAAAGAUAACGAUGCUUUCCGCUUUCUGUGGUGGCCAGACGGCAAUUUAUCCAAGGAACUGCAAGAUUAUCAAAUGCUGGUACAUUUGUUUGGUGCAACCUCCUCUCCAAGUUGCGCGAGUUAUGCACUUAAGAAGACCGCAACUGAUAACCAAGGUGAAUUUGACAUCCAGAUGAUUGACACUUUAAAUCGUAACUUUUAUGUUGACGAUUGUCUCAAGUCGGUACCAUCAGUCGAGAACGCUUUAACUAUUGUACAAGAACUUCCCAAGUUAUUGGCGAAAGGUGGGUUCCAUCUUACAAAGUGGAUUUCGAAUUACCGGGAAGUAAUGAGUGUUAUCCCAGAAAAAGAAAGAGCUUCAACUAUUGUGGACUUAGAUUUGGAUAAGCUACCCGUAGAUCGUGCUUUGGGAGUACGAUGGGAUGUUGAGAAAGACAAGUUUGGGUUUAAAGUCACUAGUCAAGGUUCAUUGGAUACAAGAAGAAAAGUUUUGUCGUUUGUAUCCUCGAUCUAUGAUCCUCUUGGGAUUGUGGCUCCUUUGCUUCUGCCAGCCAAGAAAUUUUUACAGGAGUUAUGCAAGCUUCAAUUUGGAUGGGACGACUUAAUUCCGCAAGAGAAUUUCCCUAUUUGGAAGCAGUGGCUUAACUACCUAUCGAAUAUCGAGAAUCUCACGGUGUCGCGUUGUUUAAAGCCUGAGAACUUUGGAAACCUUCGUUCUGCUCAGUUACAUCAUUUCUCGGAUGCAUCAGAAGAUGGUUAUGGAGCUGCUUCAUAUCUUAGACUGGAAAACAUAUCCGGGAACAUUCAUUGUGCUCUUCUCUUGGGAAAGUCGCGAGUCGCGCCUUUGAAAACCAUUACAAUCCCUAGAAUGGAACUAACGGCUGCAACAGUAGCUAUAAAUCUGCAUAAGUUGCUUUCGAAAGAAUUGGAGAUUCUUAUUCAUCAAACGGUAUUUUGGACAGACUCUACGAUUGUCAUUCAGUAUAUCCGUAACGAAGCCAGAAGAUUUCAGACGUUCGUGGCAAAUCGGUUGUCAUUGAUUCAUGAAGUUUCGUUGCCGAUGCAGUGGAGAUAUGUUCCAUCAGAGUUAAACCCAGCUGACCAUGCCUCUCGUGGUAUAAAGGCAACAGAUACAGACUAUCUAGAUCAUUGGUUAAAUGGUCCUUCGUUUUUGUGGACGAAUGAAUGCUACUGGCCACAACAACCAACAGAUCUCAUAGAGCUGGCUGGAGAUGAGAAAGAAAUAAAGCAAUCACACCAUGUUCAUACUGUUAGUCAGAAUGACGUAAUGGUUCAUUUGAUUUCUCGAUUUUCAAAUUGGUGUCAUCUUCAACUCACCAUUGCCUGGCUCCUUAGAUAUAAAUCAUAUUUGAGAGCACAGGUUAAGACAUCGUUACGUAAUUUCGAUCGUGGUCCCCUCAAAGUCUCCGAGAUUCAGUCAAGUACGAAAGAAAUUGUUCGAUUGGUGCAAAUGCAAGUAUUUACGAAAACUUGAUCCUAUACUAGUCGAUGGUAUUAUUCGAGUUGGGGGACGUAUUGACAAAGCUCCGGUUUGUUACAAUGUACGCCAUCCUAUGAUUCUGCCCGGGAAACACCACGCCACAGCACUAAUUAUUAAACAUUAUCAUCACAUGGAAGGACACGUUGGUAUUAGCCAAGUUUUGGCAACGAUUAGACAGAAAUUUUGGGUUCUACAGGGUCCAGCAGCUGUUAAACAAGUAGUUGGAGAAUGCCUUACUUGUCAGCGUUGGAAUUCGCGUCCAGAAAGUCAAAUUAUGGCUCCAUUGCCAGACGCGAGGGUAACACCGGCACAACCUCCAUUCUCAUGUGUUGGGAUCGAUUAUUUUGGACUUAUUCCGGUGAAAGUUAAACGUAGUACUGUCAAACGAUACGGUUGUGUAUUUACAUGUCUUGGGAUGAGAGCCGUGCAUAUUGAGAUCGCGUAUGAUCUAAGUACUGAUUCAUUUAUCCAAGCCUUCAUGAGAUUUGUCAGUAGACGUGGUCCGCCCCACUCAAGUUUUUAG